GAGGAAGCACACACACACGCUCUGCUCUCUAACUAGGAGGAGGAGUCGGAGCAGCAGCUGCAGCGGCGGCGGCCCUGAGCGAUAGGAUGUCCCGACAUGAAGGUGUCAGCUGCGAUGCAUGUUUAAAAGGAAAUUUCAGAGGCCGUAGAUACAAGUGCUUAAUUUGUUACGAUUACGAUCUGUGCGCAUCUUGUUAUGAAAGUGGUGCAACUACAACAAGGCAUACGACUGACCAUCCAAUGCAGUGCAUAUUGACAAGGGUAGACUUUGAUUUAUACUAUGGUGGUGAAGCUUUCUCUGUAGAGCAGCCACAAUCUUUUACUUGUCCUUAUUGCGGUAAAAUGGGUUAUACAGAAACUUCGCUACAAGAACACGUCACUUCCGAACACGCAGAAACGUCCACAGAAGUGCGUGCAUCUGAUCAGCACUCUGAGGAGACAUUUACUGGAGCAAUUACAGCCAUGGCUUAUGUGAGAGGAAUUGACAAUCUACACCAAGACAGCAUGCGUAGUAGGAUUUGUCCCAUAUGUGCAGCAUUACCUGGAGGAGAUCCAAAUCAUGUCACAGAUGACUUUGCUGCCCAUCUUACACUUGAACACAGAGCUCCUAGGGAUUUAGAUGAAUCCAGUGGAGUUCGGCAUGUACGAAGGAUGUUUCACCCUGGCCGAGGGCUGGGAGGACCUCGAGCUCGGAGAUCAAACAUGCACUUUACUAGCAGUUCCACUGGAGGGCUUUCAUCAUCACAGAGUUCAUACUCUCCCAGCAACAGGGAAGCAAUGGAUCCUAUAGCUGAACUAUUAUCUCAAUUAUCAGGAGUGAGGCGUUCAACAGGAGGACAGCUUAAUUCCUCGGGCCCUUCCGCAUCACAGCUGCAACAACUGCAGAUGCAGUUACAGCUUGAGAGGCAGCAGGCACAGGCAGCACGACAACAACUAGAGACGGCACGUAACGCAACUCGGCGCAACAAUGCAAGUGGUGUCACAACCACAAUUACGCAAUCAACAGCGACAACCAACACAUCGAAUACGGAAAACAAUCAACAGACUAUACAGAAUUCACAGUUCCUUCUCACAAGAUUGAAUGAUCCUAAGAUGACGGAGGCCGAAAGACAGUCAAUAGAAAGUGAAAGAGCUGACCGCAGCCUGUUUGUGCAGGAGCUCCUCCUGUCAACAUUGAUGCAGGAAGAGAGCUCUUCCUCCGAUGAGGACGAGCGGGGAGAAAUAGCUGAUUUUGGGGCAAUGGGAUGUGUAGAUAUUAUGCCUUUAGAUGUUGCGUUAGAAAACCUUAAUCUAAAAGAGAGUAAUAAAGGAAACGAGCCUCCGCCACCUCCUCUUUGAUGACAUCCCCCUUUGCAGACAAUGUCCUCUGUGCUGUAACUGCCAAUGAAAGUGGACAAACAACUAUCUUUGGGUUUGUUUUGGUGAUUGUAAUUUCCGGUCUGUCACUCUUGUUACAUUGUGUACAUUCAAAAAAAAAAAAAAAAUAUGAAAAAAAGAGAGGCAAAUAUAUAUAAUUCACUUAACUAAUUUUUACUUCUAGCAGGUAAACAUAGGUAGCAGUACCAGAGGCAGCGUCCUGCUUCCUGUACCUUGACGUAAACAAAUAAAUAAGGCUCUCCUAAUCUCCCACAUUCAAACUGAACAAGGAAAAUAAUAAUAAUAAUAAUAAAAAAACAAAUAUAUGGAAACAAAAAUCUCUAAUGAAGCUGCUGUGUGUAUUUAUGAAUAUUAAUGAAUAAAAACUGCUUGGAUGGUUUACCAUAACUACUGCAUGAGGUUUUUUGCAGCGUGCAUGAGUUUUUAGUGACAUUGUCAUUAAGAAAAAGAAAAAACAAAACAAAAAGAAAACUGGCUUCAAUUUUAAGGUCGUAAAGCCAUUUAAAUCCCAAAGCUUUCCUAAGCAUUAUUCAAAAGGUUACAGCACCCGACGACAUGCAAUGUUAACUGUUGACUAGCAGUUUGUAGCCAUGGAUCUUUUGAAUAAUGUAAUUGAUAAAAGUUUUUAUGUGAGUGUUUAAAGCACAUCAGGCAGACUCUGCAGUGGCAUUAACUGUGUGUCUUUUUAAGGGCAUUUCGCCUUUUAGUUUCAUGCAAAUAUCGUAAUCUGUAUUAAAUCACAUUAAUCACCUUGUGGUUGGUGUUAAAAGGUUUUUGGUUUUUGCCCCUCUCUAUUUCAUUUUGAACUUUCACCUGAACUAUAACAUUACAGAUUACAGUUUAGGUCACUGUCAGACUUUGCUUGUAGUGUUCCCUUAUUCCAAACUUGUUCAUUGUUCAGCAUU